GGAGUCAGCAGCAGCACAACCUUCCCUGUGAUAAACACAGCAGCACUGCCUUUCUAGCAAAGGCUUGGGCAUUCCCUUUAGCAAUCAGCCUGGUAUUCUGCUUGUUCCUGCUCCAUACUCAAGAUCCUGUAUACUCCUGCUGUGCACAGAUUUGUUUGUUAUCUUUGCCCAGACACUGGAUAGGCUUCACCUCCAAGAAGGGAGGAGGUGUAAUUUUGGCCAUUGAGGAUUGCUGCUGUCAUUGCUUGUACCCACUCUGGCAACUGGUUUCCUCCCCCACUGUCUAUCCCUUGCCUGCAGGGAGUGGCUGAUCACUGAGCUAGAGGCAGACUGCAGGGUUGGGCUGGUAGGAUCCCUCUUCUCAUCUGGUGCUUUGGGGUGCUGGCAUCUCUGGAGGUUCCUGAAUAUGGAAGAUGACAUCCAGUGCAGAGAUGCCUGACAUUUAAACAUUAACGUGUAUCCUGAUACAGAAGAAAAACCGCUGGCUGCUUGAAUAUAUUUCUGCAACAAUGUUGAAACCAAGUGGACUUAAAAUCCCUGGGAGGGGAGCUAAGCACUCCAGUCCUGUGGGCAGAUCUUCUGCAGGGGCAAGUGUUACUGGCAGCACCAGUUCCAAGGAAGGUUCUCCAUUGCAUAAACAGGGAUCUACCUCUUCAGUUGGUGCAGAAAAAUCAAGUUCAAAGAUCACUGAGGUUGGAGAUGAGUUCUUGGGAGACUUUGUGGUUGGUGAACGUGUAUGGGUCAAUGGAGUAAAGUCUGGAGUGGUACAAUACUUGGGAGAAACCCAAUUUGCCCCAGGACAGUGGGCAGGAGUUGUUCUGGAUGACCCAGUAGGAAAGAAUGAUGGAUCAGUUGGUGGAGUUCGCUAUUUUGAAUGUCAACCAUUACAGGGGAUUUUUACUCGUCCAUCCAAGUUGACUCGCCAGCCUGUGGCAGAUGGUGCAGGAAGUGAUUCUCAUUCUGUGGAAUCAUUGACUACACAAAACUUGUCCCUGCAUUCUGGAACUGCCACCCCACCUCUAACUACACGCAUCGUUCCACUCCGAGAAAGUGUGCUGAACAACACCAUCAAAACAGGAAAUGAAUCGGGAUCAAAUCUUUCAGACAGUGGGUCAGUUAAAAAAGGUGACAAAGAUUUACGGAUUGGAGAUCGUGUUUUGGUUGGUGGUACAAAGACCGGAGUGGUUCGCUACGUGGGAGAGACGGAUUUUGCAAAGGGUGAAUGGUGUGGAGUUGAGUUAGAUGAGCCUUUGGGCAAGAACGACGGUGCAGUGGCAGGAACCAGGUACUUUCAAUGUCCACCAAAAUUUGGCCUUUUUGCUCCUAUUCACAAGGUGAUCCGUAUUGGGUUCCCAUCAACAAGUCCUGCCAAGGCCAAGAAAAGCAAGAGGAUGGCAAUGGGUGUGUCGGCACUGACACAUAGCCCUAGCAGCUCUUCCAUCAGUUCUGUAAGCUCGGUGGCAUCAUCAGUAGGUGGCAGACCCAGCAGAAGUGGCCUACUCACUGAAACGUCAUCCCGGUAUGCAAGGAAAAUCUCUGGUACAACAGCUCUACAAGAGGCGCUAAAGGAAAAGCAGCAACAUAUCGAGCAGCUGCUGGCAGAGAGAGAUCUGGAGCGAGCUGAGGUGGCAAAAGCCACAAGUCACAUCUGUGAAGUUGAGAAAGAGCUCACUGUCUUGAAAACCCAACACGAGCAGUAUAUUACAGAAGCAGAAAGUAACCUUCAAAGAGCUCGUGCCCUGGUGGAAUCAACACAGAAGGAGAAAAUUGAGCUGCUGAGUCAACUAGAAGAAGAGAAAAGGAGAGUGGAAGAUCUCCAGUUCAGAGUGGAGGAAGAAUCCAUCACAAAGGGCGAUCUAGAGACACAGACGCAGUUGGAGCAUGCCCGAAUUCGGGAGCUCGAGCAGAAUCUACUGUUUGAGAAGGCAAAAACUGCAAAGCUUCUCAAAGAAUUAGAGGACAAGAGGCUUACAACUGUAGCAGAGCAGUCCAGAAUCCAACAGUUGGAGGAGGAACUGAGCCUUCGUCGCAAUGAAAUUGAGGACCUCCAACACUGCUUGUUGAACUCAAGCCAGACAGAUAUACCCGAGCAUAGUCUUGAACUGCAGACAGAGGCAUUGCGUCUCCGGGAUCAGCUCUUAUCUGCCAGCAAGGAGCACCAAAAGGAAAGCAGUCAACAAAAGGACACGUAUGAGAAAAAUAUGAAAAAAUACCAACAAGAAAUUGAAAAGCUAAAUGGGCUGAAUGAGAAACAUGUCCAGGAGAUUGCAGAUUUAAGGAAGAAACUAGAGCUAGCCACAAGGGAGAAUAUGGGUAUGAUGGACAGCUGGAAAUCCAAACUGGACAGCAUUGUUUCUGAUCACCAGAAAUCUUUACAUGACUUGAAAGGGUCCCUGGUUACAAGCCCUGACACUCAAUACAAAGAGGUAGUAGAUCUUAAAGCCAACAUGGAGAGUCUUAAAAUGGAACAUCAGCUGGAACUUGAGAACUUAAAAGCCAAGAACGAGAUUGAAAUAGCAGUUCAUAUUAAGGAGAAAGAGAUCCUUAAAUCCAAGAUACAAGAAAUUAAGGACGAAAUAGAAGAAGGCAAUAACAACUGGAAAACACAAUUGGAAUCAAAAACCAAUCAACAUCUUAAAGAACUUCAAGACAUUAAGGACAAAUACAGAGCAACAGAACAGCGAGUAUGUGAACUGGAAAAGAUAAACAUCGAAUACAACGACCAGACGCAAGCCAUAGCCUUCAUGAAAGAACAGAUCUCCAUAGCUGAAAAGAAAAUUGUGGAUUAUGAUUCCCUCCAGAAAGCAGACCUUCGAAACAAACAAGAAAUCCAAAGAUUGCAGGAUAACAUAUUGCUUCUGGAAAACAAACUACAGUCCAUGGAGCAGCUUCUCUCUUCACAAAAUGCAAACGUGAUAGAAACCAAUGAUAUUUCUGAAGAAAAGAUAAAAAUGAAAAAUGCAUUGGAAGAUCUGCAAGUUAAGCUCAGUAAGCGAGACAAAGAGGUGUCAUCUAUGUCUUCCCACAUUGAAGCACUAAGGGCUCAAAUAACUGCUCUUGAAAACAGAUGCAAAUCAGGAGACAAAAAGGUGGAUUCUUUAGUUAAGGACAAUAAAAAACUAGAAGCUGAGCUAGAAGCCUUCUCUAGAAAAUCCCAUGACACAUCAGGGCAGUUUGUCUUAAUCAGCCAGGAUUUACUCAAGAAGGAGAGGAAUUUAAAUGAAUUGAGAGCUCUUCUGUUGGAAGCCAAUAGACGCUCACCAGGACCAGAAAAAGACUUAAGCCGAGAGGUUCAUAAGGCAGACUGGAGAUCAAAAGAACAGAAACUAAAAGAAGAGAUCAAAAUAUUAAGAGAAAAGCUUAUGAUUUUGGACAAAGAAAAGUCUGUAUCAGAUCAGAGGCGUUACUCGUUAAUAGAUCCUUCGACUGAGUCAGAAGUCCUGCGGUUACAGCAUCGUUUGGUAAGCACUGAAGAUGCCCUCCGUGUUGCGCUGGAUCAGGGCCAUCAAAUGGAGAAACUAAUGGAGGCCAUGAGAAACAACACAGAGAAAUCUCAGGUAACUGGAAACUCUGAAUCGGCCAAUGGGAUCCAUCAGCAGGAAAAAUCAUAUACACAGGAGGAAAAUCCUUGACACCAACAAAAAAAUUUACAUUGUAAACCAAUGAACUUUUGGCAAAUAUAGACAGAAAAUCUACGUUGUAGCUGCCUAUCAGAAAGAAUUUAUAGAGUAUUUUGGCUGGAAAGACAGGACAGUGUUGCUUAUGUAAUGUUAGAUAUUGGACAAUCAUGGAGUGUACGUCUCACAACA